AUGGACCAAGGCCUGGCCACCAGACAAGUUUCUCCAGAAGCGCUGGGGUUUUUGACAGCCGUUGGAGCCUUCAUCAUUGUCAUGAUCCUCCUGUUUUUGUACCUUAACAACAAGCUAGGGCUGGAGAACGCAGAGAGCCUUCAGUGCCUUGAAGACCUCAGGAAAAACAAGGAGACACAAGAGAAGUCCUGCUCAGACGCUGACCAGCAUGGUUCCUCAUCAGACAGUGAGGAUGAAGUCAUUGGUCAGUAUCAACAGGCUGUAAGCCGCUCCCAAGGCCUGCGGGGGGCUACAGCGGGGAUGACCGAUGUCCAGCACCAAAGGGGCUUCAGCUGGAAGAGCAGGCAGAAGUACAGCCUUUUGUCUGCUGAAUAUGAUGGCUACAGCAGUGAAGCUUCCGCUGAACAUGCCAGCUCCAUUCAGAGAAUGCGACGACCUCCUCCCCUGGAUGAGCUCCAGCCACCACCUUACCAAGAUGAGGACGGCUCUUUACGGAUGUCCUGCACGCCCUCGGACCUAGGUGAUGCCAAGAGUGACCUGUCCAGCGCCAGUGACAGUCCACACUUUUUGUAUGAUAAGUGCCCAAGUGAGGAUAGCAGUGGCCAGCAGACCGAGAGCUACUUCAUAAAGAGCUAUGAGGACGAUGUGCCCAGUGACAGCACAGCUGUUCUCAGCCCAGAGGAUAUGUCAGCCUGUGGAUCAGUGGCACAACUUGCUAAGGGCUACGAACUGGAUCCUAUCGCCAAGUACGGCACCUUGGAUGUGGUGUUUGACUAUGACUCAGAGGACCAGUAUCUGGCGGUGACUGUCACAGCUGUAACAGACCUCCCUCCCCUCAAGCGCACGGGCAACAUGUCUUGGCAGGUUCACCUGGUGCUACUACCCACAAAAAAGCAGAGGGCAAAGACCUGCAUUCAGAAAGGCCCGUUCCCCAUCUUCACAGAGACCUUCCGCUUCAGUCAUGUGGAGUCAGAGAUGAUUGGCAAUUACGCCAUACGAUUCCGCCUGUAUAACAUGUGGCGGAUGAAGAAAGAGAAGGUGCUGGGAGAAAAGGUGUUCUACCUCACCAAGCUCAACCUUCAAGGCAAAAUGUCUGUACCAGUCAUCCUGGACCCUUGCUGUGUUCUGCCGGGUGGGGAAUCCCUGGUCAGCCUCUCAGAGAUGUCAUGUAGUGAAAGCGCCUCAUCAUUCCAGUCAGUCAGUCAGAGUUCCACACCUGAGAUCCUCGUGGGCCUAUUGUACAAUGCCACAAUAGGAAGUCUCUCUGUGGAGGUUAUCAAGGGCAGCCAUUUCAAAAACCUGGCUUCCAACAAGCCGCCUAGUAAGUACCUUUUAUCUGACGGCUUGUUCUGUUGCCUAAAGCAUUUGAUAGGUGGCCAGGUGUAUAUUAUCAGAGAUACCUACGUUAAGAUGACCUUACUUAAUUCCAUGGGCCAGGAGAUGUCCAAGUGUAAAACAUCCAUCUGUCGUGGUCAAUCCAACCCAAUCUACAAAGAGACAUUUGUUUUCCACGUGUCUCUUUUCCAACUGUCAGAUGUCACGUUGAUCCUCUCUGUUUACAACAAACGCAGCAUUAAGCGCAAAGAGAUGAUUGGCUGGAUUUCACUUGGCCUUAACAGCUCUGGAGAGGAGGAGCUGACCCACUGGACCCAGAUGAAAGAGUCCAAAGCACAGCAGGUCUGCCGCUGGCACAGUUUGUUGGAGUCCUAGUAGAUCCGGGACAAUGAAGGUCAUGAAAGGCAGCUGGGAUAGGGUCAUAAAUCAAAGUCCAACCCAGACGCAAAUAGUAAAUUCACCCAAAUUGCUCCA